UCCUACAAGAUCAUCAAUUUUGCUCCAAGUCUACUGCAAAUCAUAGUAUCAGAUCAAGUUGAAUUUCCAGUGCGUCAAGCAGCUGCCAUUUACCUGAAGAACAUGGUGACGCAAUACUGGCCGGACCGUGAGCCACCUCCUGGAGAAGCAGUAUUUCCAUUCAACAUUCAUGAAAAUGACCGUCAGCAGAUUCGUGAUAACAUUGUCGAGGGAAUAAUUCGUUCUCCUGACUUAGUGAGAGCCCAGCUGACAAUGUGCCUCCGUGCUAUCAUUAAACACGACUUUCCAGGCCACUGGAUGGCGGUGGUAGACAAGAUAGGCUACUACUUGCAGUCUCAGAACAGCGGGAGUUGGCUGGGGAGCCUCCUGUGCCUGUAUCAGCUGGUGAAGACUUACGAAUACAAAAAAGCAGAGGAGCGAGACCCUCUCAUAGCAGCAAUGCAAAUAUUUUUGCCUCGGAUUCAGCAGCAGAUGAUCCAGCUUCUGCCUGACAACUCCCAUUACUCUGUACUGCUUCAGAAACAAAUUUUAAAAAUCUUCUAUGCUCUUGUGCAGUACGCCUUGCCGCUCCAGUUGGUGAACAACCAGACUAUGACUCAGUGGAUGGAGAUCUUCCGCACUAUAAUUGACAGAAACGUACCUCCGGAGACUUUGCAAAUUGAUGAAGAUGAUAGACCGGAGCUGGUGUGGUGGAAAUGCAAGAAAUGGGCAUUGCAUAUUGUAGCUCGUCUUUUUGAACGGUAUGGAAGUCCUGGAAAUGUAACUAAAGAAUACUUUGAAUUCUCAGAGUUUUUUUUAAAAACCUAUGCUGUGGGCAUACAACAG